AUGGCGCUUCAUUCAUCCAGCUUCUGCUUAAAUGGAAAUCUUUCUUUUAAGGAGUUUAAUAGCUUGCCGUGUGCCUGUUACAAUUCUGAGAUGCUUCAUCAUCCGUCUUUACCAUCGAGGAAAUACAAUUUAGUUGUAGCAAAUACUCUUGACAGGGGGCAUAUAUUUCGAUUUUCGCCUGGAGAUGGUCAUCUCAAAUUGCGAACUGCACAAUCCACAUCCUCUCUUCCAGCCUCUGGUUUGCGAUCAUUAAAGCCACUCGGUGCAAAAUGUGAUGACUCAAAGGAUAGCUCAGUUAGCGAAAAUGUUAUUUUGGAUGCAGAAACGUUAAUGCAGGAUCUAGAUAUUGCCAUUGCAGAGGAGAACUAUGCUAAAGCAGCAGAAAUUAGGGAUAGACUCAGACUUCUGCGGGAAGAUAGUAUGACUUCUGUUUUAGCAGCAAAUGCUCGAUUUUACGAAUCAUUCAGAAUAGGGGAUCUGGCUGCAAUGCAAUCUCUUUGGGCCAAACGGGAUCAAGUCUGCUGUGUACACCCAGGUGCACGUGGGAUAUAUGGUUAUGAAGAUGUUAUGACUAGCUGGGACUAUGUAUGGGCGAACUAUGAAUUUCCACUACAGAUUGAGCUGAAGGAUGUUAAUGCUAAUGUUAGAGGGGACAUGGGGUUCGUUUCUUGCGUGGAAUUGGUUAAGACAAAAGGUAGCAGUUGGGGAGGACAGUUUGUAACAAAUGUGUUCGAGAGGAUUGAUGGUCAAUGGUUUAUCUCUGUUCAUCAUGCUUCGCCUAUAGACUUGUGAAGUAUACAGACUAGAAUAGAUAUACGAUGUACGAGUUCCCUCUCAAUUGCCAUUUUGUCUCUGUUUUGGUUGGCGAUUUUUGAACUGUUAAUGUACUAUUCUGUACCAUAAAUG